UUCAUCAUGAAGCUCUUUUGUCUUACGCUCUUGAUCUCAAGCGCAAGCUGUUUCUUCAUCGAUAAUGACGAAAAACAAAUGGACAAAAUCGUCGGAGGCGAUUACGCGCCGAUCACGGAAGCGCCGUACCAAGCACAACUUCUUCAAUUAGGAUCGACAAUUUGCGGAGCCGCGAUUAUUUCAGAGUAUUGGCUUUUGUCGGCCGCUCACUGCUUCGAAGAUACAUAUGGCAUGUCCAUUCUCACCGGAUCUUCGUACAGGUCCAGAGGAGGGCAAAAGCAUCAAAUCGAAAAAGUGAUCGUUCAUCGCAAUUACAAUACUUACACCAACGACAAUGACAUCAGUUUGAUCAAGCUGGUGAAGCCAAUCAAGUUCAACGAAAGACAGAAGGCCAUCCCAGUUGCCAAGAGCCCACCAAAAACUGGCGACGAAAUGAUAAUCUCUGGAUAUGGAAAAGAAGGCGAAUAUCAGAGGGCUUCGACAGUCUUGAAACUGGCAACCGUAUCGGUGAUCGACCAGAGAGUGUGCGCCCGAAGAUACAUACGCGAUCCUAUAACCAACAACAUGUUUUGCGCCGGCAAAGGAUCCACCGAUGCUUGCCAAGGAGACUCCGGUGGCCCCGCUGUCAUCAACGCACAAUUAGCCGGCAUUGUGUCUUCCGGCAUGGAGUGCGGAUCUGUCUAUUACCCAGGCAUUUACACCAGAGUGCACAAGUACUACAAAUGGAUUGCCAAGUACACUGGCAUCGGCAACUAAUGCAUUUUAUUAAUCCUGCGAUACUUGCAUUUCAUACUCAAACUUUGCUCAGUUUGUUCGACUGCUCCGCCACUUUCAUACUGCUAUGAGGAAACAAUCGCAUCUUCGUACAUAGUGCUGUUUUAUCUUGGGCCUUUCAAACAGUUGAAACAAAGCAAAGCUAUAUCAAACAGUUUUACCUUAGUUUACUAUAAUUCAUGAUUUCGCAAUACAUCUUAUACGUUAUUCCCCGAUUCAGUUAAAGUUUGUUUGAUUUGGAUUGACGUAAUCGUGCUUUAUGCUGAACAAAUCCAUGAUUACUUCGUUCUACAAACAUAACUUCUUUUUUUUACUUUUUAUAUUAAAAGCGUUCCGGUGAACGUCACAGAGGUUCUAUAGCAUUUCAUUCUACAUAUAAGGUGACAAACAAAUUUGAAAAGACACACUGGUUUUGACAUGCUUACCUGAAUUGCAAAUGUGCCGUGACAUUGUACGCACUGAUAAAUAACUGGUUUGGCAAUACGACCCCUAAGUAUCGUUGCUAAGUAUUGUUCGUGAGAUUUUUAAUCGUUUACAUGUAACUAUAGGCCAGUUUAUUUAUAACGUCCCGUCAAAAGGACAUACAUGUAUUUACAAGUCUGUAAAUAAUUAUCAACAUGCUAAAGAAUUUAUGUAAUAAAGUUAAUUAUAAACAAAUAUUGAUAAUAUUGUGAGAGUACAUUUGUACAAUUUAUGUUAUCACAAUUAAAACAAUUUAUCAACUGUUUUUAUUAUUAAUAACGAUAACGUUGUGAUUUAUUUAUAAAGAGCAAAAUUUUUG